CAACUCAUCUUUGGACUUUGUUAUUGGAGCAACCCAACCCAAGACAAGAUCAUUUUCAUUUUCAUCAUCUGCAGUUGCAAUACCUUCAAUCCCGAAUAUGGCAGGAAUUGGACCUAUCACUCAGGAUUGGGAGCCUGUCGUUAUCCGUAAGAAGGCCCCUAACGCCGCCGCCAAGAAGGAUGAGAAGGCCGUCAACGCCGCCCGCCGUGCUGGUGCCGAAAUCGAAACUGUUCGUAAAGCCGCUGCUGGAACAAACAAAGCAGCAUCCAGCAGCACCUCUUUGAACACUCGGAAACUGGAUGAUGAAACCGAAAACCUUGCCCACGAUCGUGUUCCAACUGAAUUGAAGAAGGCCAUCAUGCAAGCACGAAUGGAUAAGAAGCUCACCCAGUCUCAACUUGCUCAGUUGAUCAACGAGAAGCCACAGAUUAUACAAGAAUAUGAAUCAGGAAAGGCCAUUCCAAACCAGCAGAUCAUUGGAAAACUGGAGCGUGCUCUUGGGGUGAAGUUGCGCGGAAAGAAGUAGAAGAGACAAAGAAGAUAGAAAUUUGAUAGUUGCAUUUAAAAUUGUUCCGUCUAGGGUGUUGUGGGGUUUGAAACUGAUGUAAAUGACACUGAUGGUCGCUUUUGUAUAGAAGUGUGGCUUGGACCGAAUCUAUGGAUAUUGGAUAGGAAUAACACUGAAUGCUGAUGUUUUGUUUCUUGCCACCAUACAUUUGGUUGGAUGCUUUCAAUGGAAUUUGCCUUUUGAGUUUUGAUGUA